UUGGCUAGUAAUCUAUAGCAGUUGUUUUUGAUCCUGAAAAGACAAUAUUUUGCUUACAAAAACCCUUGAGUAAAGUGAAAACGCAAAGAUAUGGCUGCUAGGUUGCGGCAGGUUGAGGGCGAUGAGUCAGUUGUUUUACGCGUCACUCACUCGAAUAUCAAAACCUUUGCUGCUGAUGUUCGUUUUUCCCUUCAGAUGAGUGUGGAAUCUGUAAAAGAUAAGCUGUGGAGAAAAUGUGGUACAUCUGUUGAUUCAAUGCAGCUCGAAUUAUAUGAUGACACAAACUCUAAAGUUUCUGAUUUGAGUGAUAAUUCUAGACCUCUUGGAUUUUAUUCGCCUCUCAAUGGGUUUCGGUUACAUGUCAUAGAUCUUGACCCCGCAUCUGUAACCUCUGGUGGCUGGCUUGAAGACACUUCGCUGGUGGAGAAAUACACUAUACCUGAAGAUGAGUAUUGCAAACGUGAUGGUACCUUUAGAAAGUUUAAGGAGAAAAUGCAAUCUCAAAAGCCAUCAGCUCUUGAGAAUAAGAUAUCAGACAACUACAUGGAAGACCUCUGUGCAAAUAUUAAGGUAGGAGACAGAUGUGAAGUUGAUCCAGGAGCAAAAAGAGGUGUUGUCAAAUUUGUGGGUAGAGCAGAAUCCCUUUCACCUGGUUUCUGGGUUGGAAUUCAAUAUGAUGAACCAUUGGGAAAACAUGACGGCAUUGUGAAAGGGAUACGCUACUUUCAGUGCCUUCCACUCCAUGGUGCAAUGGUUAGGCCAGACAAAGUAAAGGUUGGUGACUAUCCAGAGAGAGACGAACUUGAGGAAGAUGAAAUAUAAGCAGGCUUUGAUAAGAUUAUGAAGAUGAUGCUCCGUUUCUUCAUGUGACAUGUAUUAUUGUAACAUCCUAUGGAUGCCAGAAAGAAACAUGCAAAUUUGCUUAACAGGAUAAAUAAACAGCGAAUGAUUGUGUCA